CACGGCGGUGUGACGUUGGACGGCGGCCAGGACGCAGGCGUGGGGCAUUUGCAGCCAGAGAGCCUCAGCGGCGUCCUUGCGCUCUGUCGCCCUGCUUCUGUGCUCCGCGGCGGCGGCCCGAUAGUUCGCAGGUGGAAAGAUGGCGUUUGUGAAGAGUGGCUGGUUGCUGCGACAGAGUACUAUUUUGAAGCGUUGGAAGAAGAAUUGGUUUGACCUGUGGUCAGAUGGUCACCUGAUCUAUUAUGAUGACCAAACUCGGCAGAGUGUUGAGGAUAAGGUCCACAUGCCGGUGGACUGCAUCAACAUCCGCAUGGGGCACGAGUGUCGGGAUAUUCAGCCUCCAGAUGGGAAGUCAAAAGACUGUAUGCUGCAGAUUGUUUGCCGAGAUGGGAAAACUAUCAGUCUUUGUGCAGAAAGCACAGAUGAUUGUUUGGCCUGGAAAUUUACACUGCAGGAUUCCAGGACAAACACAGCUUAUGUUGGCUCAGAAGUCCUGUAUGAUGAGACAGCUGUGGCUUCUUCCCCUCCUCCUUACACAGCCUAUGCUGCACCAACCCCUGAGGCAUAUGGCUAUGGUCCAUACAGUGGUGCAUACCCUCCAGGAACUCAAGUUGUCUAUGCUGCAAGUGGACAGGCUUAUGCUGUACCCUACCAGUACCCGUAUGCAGGACUUUAUGGACAACAGCCUGCCAACCAGAUCAUCAUUCGGGAGCGGUAUCGAGACAGCGACAGUGAUCUGGCACUGGGCAUGCUGGCCGGAGCAGCCACCGGCAUGGCCUUAGGGUCUCUGUUCUGGGUCUUCUAGAGUCCUUCAGAUCUGGAUGUGCAUAGCUUCUGAUACCCUGUGUGCAAUAAUAUAAUUUGCAGGGCAUUUCUGUUGGUGAUAAAUGUUUUUAAUAAUAGUUUAAUUGUUCUUUUGAAAGUGAUGACAUCAUAGUUCUAACUAAUCCAUACACGUACUAUAGAGAAGCCUUCUGAUUUGUGUUUAGCUAAAACAUGGAAUCUCUGGGGCACUGGCUCAUUCCAGGAGUUUCAUUCUAGAACUCUUGGAAUACCUUAUUUUGGACAUACCUAUUUAGAAUGGCAUUUUCUUUUCAGAGUUAGGUAUAGUGCUUAAGGGAUAAUUUAGUGUUCUGUUUAUAUAUGGUGAUGUAUGAGUGAGCAAUGUGGCAAGGAGAACUGCAUCUUCUUUUUGUUUAACAUUGAACUUUGAAGCCUUGGAUCAGAGCUGGCUGCAUGUAACUUCAGGAGUUGUGGACUGGUAAGCAACCAGGAACUUCCCUGAGGCAGUGGGGUGGUAUCCCCAGGACCUCUGGGGCCAGCAAGGCUGACUGCUCAGGAUGAUAGGGUAGGGUCAGCCCCCCUCCCCACCCUCCUCCCUCCCCACCUUCCUCCCCACCUCCUCUUAAAAUGAUGCUUCUUCAUUUUAUUCUUUGUUUUUUUUGGUAUUAUCCUUGGAAAAUAUCCCAUAUUAGGAAUUGGCUUGAGCCUCAAAGUUUUAUCCUUUAAAACUUGAAGAAGCCAAAACAGUUUGAAGUAUGUGGAGGUAGAUGUGCUUUAUUCAGAGAAGACCCUAUGUUUUUAGUGUCUGCUUUGGAUAUUUUUAUUGCCACAUCAGCCUACUUAUAGCUUAUUUUGCUACUUGUUGAGAAAGUGGUAUUAAGAGUGGUGAGGAAAUGGAAUGAGAGCCAUACUUACAGUGUGACUGUGUCAGGCCUCUGGGGCUCACACUGUGCAGAGGGUGCUCUUUUCCUCUCUUCUGUCCUUCUGAAGAGCAGGUGUCCUGCUUUGUGCAGGACUGGGGCACUGUGAUUGUCCCCCAAGCACUGGGGUUCAUGGAGCCCUGGUGAUGUAUAGUGGGGGCUCUUGGGACCAUGACUGUUGGGGAGACUCAGGUUACAGAUGGGAAAUGAUUGCCUAAGGACAUGAAUGACCUUCUGUCAAGGUAUUACUCAGCUUGACCAGGACAUGGGCUUUGUUUUUAUAACUGACACAGAAGCUUAAACCAUGUAAUUUUGAGCCCCAGCUAUGUGUGAAGCUCUGGAAAAUCCUGCACUUCUGUUAUUUCUUUAUAUGAAUUUGUAAAGCCCAAAAUUAGUCCAGUCUUCUGUCCUGCAAGCUUUAAAAAAUGUACUUCCACCAAGGCAGUUUAGCACAGUAACAGUCCCUACGCUGGCACUCCAAAAUACACUCCCUAGUAGCACAAAUUCUGUUUUUAUUUUCUGUGGCCAGUUACAUGCAUAACUUGUUUCAUAGGUCAACUGACUUCAUCUCUGAGCAGACUUAAAUAGAUCUCCAUAUGAAGCCAUCUGCCAAACGACCUUGAUGUCAGGUCUGUUUUCCUGGGCAGUUCUGCUGAACUUACACUGUAGAGUCUGUUUCUAGUUGAAAGGAGGUGCACUUGACUGUCACCCCUUUGGAUAUUUGAGACAGUGGAAAAUUGCCAACUGUGAUUUGUGACAAGGUUGGUUUUGAUGAUUAAAAAUGUUGCUCUUAUGAUUUUACAUCCUUUGUAGUAAGAAUGGCUUUGUUUAGAUGAUAGUCAUUAUUAAGAGCUGUAUGCUUUACUAAUAAAAUAUUAAACAGUU